AUGACAACCAGCAGAAAUUUGCAGUGUGGUGCGGCACUUCUUGAAGAGAAAGAUGGCGAAGGUGCUGCACAGUUUGGCAUCACGGAAGCAAGUCAUUCACGAAUUAAUUUCGAAGAUAACUAUCCUGACAUCAAUCAGUUUAAAGUGGAAUUUGCAUUUCGAACGACAACACCCAAUGGGAUGAUCUGGAUUUGGGCGAGCUAUAAAAGCUACACACGUUAUUUCUUCCUCAAUUUGGUCAACGGAUUGCUGCAGCUUGAAAUUAUUACUUUAACACUUCAGGCCAAAGGUCACAAAGCACCAAAAAUUCUGGUAUAUAAAUCAGAAAAAUUGAAUAAUGGCAAAUGGCGCAACGUUCGUAUUCAGAAGCAAGAUCGGGAAAUUCUUAUCAAGGUUGGUGCCUACCCAGCUCAAUCCAUGAAAGAUGCGCCGUCUGCAAAAGUAAUGCGCAAACGAAUGUACGUCGGUGGCGUGAUUUCGCGACAUCGAAAGCAAUUUAAUUUAACGGUGCCUGCAUUUUCUGGCUGUAUCAGAGAUUUCACAGUGGAUGAUAUACCUCGUGAUCUUUUUGCAUCUCAGCGUGAUGUCAUCCCGUGCGCAGUUGCUUCAAAAUCAGUGUACGUUCAUGAGGGUGGCUAUAUGACAUUCGGUAAAUCUGACUUUAUGUUUUUUUUUUGUAAAACUAUGGUGUUAUAA